AUGAAACAUCUCGGUCCGGCAAGACCUUUUCUUAGCAUCAGCAUACAAUCCCUCCCAGAUAAGCAUUUUCUCUCUCAACCCGCACAUGCUCACUCUUUUCUUCAACAAGCAAAUUUAUUAAAUUUCAACCCUCUUGCUAAUCCCUCAUGUAUGAAGCAGCCGACUCAACUCUCACAGGACAAUACACUCAAGGACCCCAACACAUACCAAAGACUCACUGGAGCACUUCAAUACCUUACCAUAACUCGGCCAGACAUCGCCUAUGCCGUCAACAUUCUUUUCCAACAUAUGCAUGAUCCGGAACCAUCUCACAUUCAUCUACUCAAGAGACUUCUCCGAUACAUCAAAGGAAUGGUACACUUCGGAUUAUCGAUCACCAAAACCAAUCUUCAUCUUUGCACAUUCUCAGAUGCAUAUUGGGCGGGUGAUCCCAUCACCCGAAAAUCAACAUCCAAAUACUGCACAUUUUUUUGCGACACAUUGAUCUCAUGGACAGUUAAGAAACAAACUACAGUAUCUAGAUCUUCCAUAGAAUUUGAAUACCAUGCUCUUGCGGCAGCAACUACGGACAUCAUUUAUCUAAAAAGACUUCUAGCUGACUUUAAUAUUGGCCAUGGCAAUCCCGUCUAUGUCUAUUGUGACAACACAUCGGCAAUUGCCUUGGCAAAUAAUCCAGUAUUUCAUGCUCGCACCAAGCACAUCGAAAUAGGUCAUCGCUUCAUUCGUGACUACAUUCAACAACAUAACAUUCGUUUCUUACCGAUUAGCACGGUAGACCAACUGGCGGAUAUUCUAACCAAACCGUUGGCAAUGUCCAGAUUCAAGAUACUAAGAACCAAACUAAUGAUCAUGCAAGAUCCGUCAGUUUGCGGGGACUAUUAG